AUGAUUCCUUUGGGUUCGGAGGGCUCCGGGAGGAUGACACUGAAGGAAGGCAAGCCGUGUGCCGAUGAACACUCAUAAUUGGAGACGGGUAUUAGACAUGAGUUGGUUGGCCAUGAGGGUUUUGCUCCCGCUGCUCGGAGAGUUCGUGAUCUCACGAUGAAAGUGGAUUUAUUCGCCCGUACGCACGUCUUAAUUUAUCCAAAAAAAAUCCAAAAAAUAGAUAUAU